UUUCCAAGUACCUCUGCUCUGAUUCCCAACAACUGCAUUCCUCCUCUCGUCUCUCUCAACAACAAACAGGAAACACACGUCCUAUAAAAAGAAUGAUUGACACUCCGGUUAGCCACUGACGUCUAGCCGUGACUCACGCUCAGCCAAUCGCAUCAGAGAAGAAGGGCGGGACGUCCUGUAAUGUGAUGCAAAUUGGACGGUCAAGCGUGUUGGUCCCACCUUUUUGUGUUUCCCGCACCGUCAAUCAAAAUAGAAAAAAAAUCGACCCGAAUUCACCGAUCAACACUAGCCCGCCUUUGAUAAAACAAUCAUGUUCGGAGUUUAGUUGAUCAGAUAAUCCUCCCGCUUACUACCAUUCACGCUAUGACUGGUACGUAAACAUUUAGCGCAUCGAAGCGUGCAACUAAUCGGUGAGUUUGUGCAGAAAACAGCGAAACAAGCUGCGUCUUUUUAUCUUUUGCUCUGCUGCUAACUGGCUAGAUAUGGUUAGCUAACUGAGCUAGCAGGCUAGCCACGGAGUUGACAAAGUAAACAGUCAAUCUGGGCCGGAAUCGCCCCAGAUUCUCCGCUGCAAAGUUGAAUUUCGCAGUCAGCUCCUUUUGGACUGGAGAGUGGGGAUGCUUUGCGGGCUUUUCUGGCAGGCAGGAGUUGAAGAUUACAGAGUUUUGCUGAGUUUCCCCCUCUCUCCCUGCUAGCGCUAGAGCAGCCUCUGAAACAAGGAGAAAUGGCGUCCGCGGACGUGGACAGCAGUCAAAGCGAGUUUCUGCAACCCGGCGGCGCAGCGGAAACACAGACAACAGAUAUGUCAGCCAUUCAGCUGACAGGUUCAGACCGAUGGGAGGUAUUAACUCCUGUCUCAACUGGGAAAGAAGACCAGGGAGUUGUUCACAUUCCAAACUCGGGAAUUGUCACGUCCAACGGGCAGUAUGUGCUUCCAAUUGGGAGUCUUCCCAGCCAACCCAUUUAUGUUACUGCAUCUGGGAAUGAGGCUACAGCCAAUGGAGUGUCAGGCAUCCAGUAUCAGGUCAUUCCCCAAAUCCAAAAUGCAGAUGGGACACUUGCAGGAUUCCCAACACAGGGGUUGGAUGAUGGCACGGGGCAGAUCCAGCUACUCCAAGAUGGCAGCCAGGGCAGCAUCGGGAUCAGUUGUGCCACGACGGCGACCACAGACCUCCUGACACAGGCGGGGCAAGUACAGUCAAUCCAAGGUGUCCCGCUGGCUGGGGGUACAGCAUACACCAGCACAGUACCUGUAGGGCUCCCUAGCAACAUAACAUUCGUCCCAAUAAACAGUGUGGAUCUAGAGUCACUAGGGCUCACCGGAGCGCAGACGGUUCCCAUUGCAACUGGGGUAACAGCUGAAGGCCAGCUGAUCAUGAGUGGCCAGACGCUGGAAAGUCAGGGUCAGGAUGCUGGCAACAAACAGUCGCUGGUGACGGUGAGCGGCGCCAACCAAGAGCUCUAUGUGUCAACCACCACGACCACUUCCUCCUCAAACUCCUCCCAACUCCCCGAAACAAUUGAUGGCACUGGAGUUCUGACACAAGCAACUGCUGUGUCUGCAGGCGUGUCUGAUCCCUCCUCAGAGAACUUCAACUCCCACAACCACCUGCAGCAAAUCCAGGUGUCAUCCUCUAAUGCCACUACUAUCUCGCAACCAAUCCUGCAGCUGUCUGGGGACAAUCAGGCCCAGGUAGCCCAGGUGGCUCCAGGUCAGGACCUGACUGCAGCAGGUCAGACUCUACAGAGCGUGCAGCUGGUCAACCCUGGGACCUUCCUCAUCCAGGCCCAAACUGUAACGGCUACAGGACAGAUCCAGUGGCAGACUUUCCAGGUUCAGGGUGUCCAGUCACUCCAAGGGCUCCAGCUGCCCCAGGGCCAGGGUCAGGCACAACAGUUGACUUUAGCCCCGGUUCAGACCCUCCCUCUGGGCCAGGCAGGACAGGUCAGCCUGCCCAAUCUCCAGACUGUCACAGUCAACUCUGUAACACAAAGCGGAGUUCAGUACACACAUGGAGAGGAUGCAAACAGUCCAGCUGGUAUACAGAUAAAAGAGGAGCCAGACUCUGAGGAGUGGCAGCUGAGCGGAGACUCCACGCUGAACCCCAGCGACCUUAACAACCUGCGUGUUCAGAUGGGAGACGAGGACAUGGAGACGCCGAGCGGGGAGGGCAAGAGACUCCGCAGAGUAGCCUGCACCUGCCCCAACUGCAAAGAGUCUGGAGGAAGAGGUUCAGGCAUGGGGAAGAAGAAGCAGCACAUCUGCCACAUCGCCGGCUGCGGGAAGGUUUACGGGAAGACGUCCCAUCUCCGAGCUCACCUGCGCUGGCACAGCGGGGAGAGACCCUUCGUCUGCAACUGGAUGUUCUGCGGAAAGAGGUUCACCAGGAGCGACGAGCUGCAGAGACACAGGAGGACACACACAGGAGAGAAGAAGUUUGUGUGCACAGAGUGCUCCAAGAGGUUUAUGCGGAGCGACCACCUGGCCAAGCACAUAAAGACUCACCAGAAUAAAAAAGGCGGGGUUCCCUCGUCCACAUCUCCGCCCACCACCGAUGCCGUCAUCACUACGGACGGAACCACGCUCAUCCUCCAGACCGCCACUACCCACGACCUCGUAGCCAAUCAGGAGAUCCCUUUGCAGUUGGUCACUGUGGCACCCGGUGAGGUCAUGGAAUGAGGGGGUGAAUGGGGCGAGUUGGCUUUUUUGAGAACUGGCCUACCACAGGGACCUCUUGGGCUCUUCUCUUCCCCUCUUACCUUUUUUUUGUUUUGUUUUUUACAUAUGAAUAUAUA